UAAUGUUCCAGGCGAGCUGCACGUCAAGUUUAAGUCAGCUGCGACAUGUGCAGAUAAUGUUCCCACGUCAAUACCGAUAACCGUUUUUGCUUUGACGAUGGCAUUAAAUUGCAGUACAUUUAGACGCCUUAUCUUAGGAACACAGAUCGCGGCCUGCACAAAGAGAGCAGUUCAACAGACAUGUGGGCGAUACAGAGUAUGUCGAUGGUAUUCUGGUGUCACUCAUGAAGAGAAAAGGCUGGAGCAGGUCGGAGAGCUUGUGGUUCCAGAUAGUCAUAGGCGAGUCCUGAAGGAUGUCCUGCCUUUCUCAUCAUUCCUUAUAGACUCCUUUGGACGCAGACAUAAUUACCUUCGCAUUUCUCUUACUGAGAAAUGUAACCUCCGCUGUCAGUACUGUAUGCCGCAGGAAGGAGUAAUGCUCACCCAUCGCUCUCAGCUCCUAACAGCAGAAGAGUUGUUGAUGUUAGCCAGACUCUUUGUACGAGAGGGCAUAAAUAAGAUAAGACUGACUGGAGGAGAGCCUCUAAUUCGCCCAGACGUUCUGCCUAUAAUAGCGGAACUGAGGAAGUUGGAGGGUCUAAAGACCAUUGCAAUCACUACAAAUGGGAUGAAUCUGACCCGACUGUUGCCCAGUUUAAAGAAAGCUGGAGUGGAUCUACUCAACAUCAGUCUGGACACUCUGGUGCCGGCAAAAUUUGAGUUCAUCGCUAGACGAAAAGGGUUUCAUAAAGUGAUGGAGGGCAUUGAAAAGGCUAUUGAAAUGGGAUACAAUCCACUCAAGGUGAACUGUGUGGUCAUGAGAGGUUUGAAUGAAGAUGAGUUGAUUGACUUUGCGUCACUGACAGAGAGAAAACCAUUGGAUGUGAGAUUCAUAGAGUACAUGCCUUUUGAUGGUAACAGAUGGAAUUUCAAGAUGAUGGUGAGCUACCAAGAGAUGCUGGACUGUAUAAAACAAAAAUGGCCCAAUCUGGAGCCUGUGCCUGGAGAGGAAACGGAUACAGCCAAGGCAUUUAGAAUACCAGGAUUUCGGGGCCAGCUGGGCUUUAUUACCUCCAUGUCAGACAAUUUCUGUGGCUCCUGUAACCGCCUGCGCAUCACAGCUGAUGGCAACCUUAAGGUUUGUUUGUUUGGAAACUCAGAGGUCUCUUUGAGGGAUUUUCUGCGCUCUGGCGCAACUGAAGAGGAACUCCUGCACGUCAUAGGGGCAGCAGUUGGGAGAAAGAAGAAACAGCAUGCGGGGAUGUUCAAUAUAUCGCAGAUGAAGAACAGGCCAAUGAUACUCAUUGGUAAAGAAUUCAAAUGGCUGCUGUCAGUUUUACGUUCAACAAUUCACAUUCAACACUUCCGUGGUAAAGCCCAUCAGGACUACACGCACCUUAACUACACUUUUGUUAAUGAUGCACUAGCUUCGAGUCUUUGUAAAAAGCAAAACCAACCAGAGUUUCUUUCUGUGAAAAGAUCAGUGAAUCAAAGGCAAAGUUGUGCAGCCUCAGAAUCACUUUGCAGUGAAGUGAUGACCAAAGCUUAUUAUCGAGUAAAUGCUAGUGCCUUAAAAAAACACACAGCUUCAACUGUUCAUGCACAUAUUUUGCACUGGGUGUCUCGGCCACCACAGCUACAAUUUAAAAAAAUUCCUCCUGUCUUCUUUCUGAGUGCACUAAUGUCAACAUCCAAAUUUAGAGAUUCAGCUCCUCAGUUUACACGCCAUUACUGCAGUGAAACCCCUAAAUGUGUGUUUGAUAUGAAAACACUACAUAAAGAUGGACAUUCCUCCAGCCUUGAUGGAACCUCUGAUCAGUUAACCCACACUGAUGCACAGGGUAAAGCCUCCAUGGUCAAUGUGGGCAGUAAGGCGGUGACUUGUCGCAUAGCCAUUGCUUGUGGCAAGGUUGUCCUGGGCCCAAAAGCUUUUAAUUUGGUCCGUGAUAACCAGCUGGCGAAGGGCGAUGCACUAGCAGUAGCACAGCUAGCAGGCAUCAUGGGUGCCAAGCAUACAUCAUCUCUUAUUCCCUUGUGCCACCCGCUUCCUCUUGACCAUGUCUGCAUUUCCAUAGAGUUACUAGAGGAAGAACAUGCUGUCAUCAUCAAGGCAACCUGCCAAACCACAGGCCGCACAGGAGUAGAGAUGGAGGCCUUGACUGCCGUUGCAGUGUCUACGCUAACUCUCUAUGACAUGUGCAAGUCAGUCAGCCAUGGCAUUGUUAUUGCUGACAUCAAGUUGCUUAGUAAAACAGGUGGACAGAGAGGUGAUUUUAAUCGGUCACCUAAUUCCUAAAGAAUUCAUAAACCACUGGUUUAUUCUCACAUGUUUGAAUGUAUCUACUGUAUUUAAUUUUUCUUUUUAGCAUAACAUUUUGAGUUUUCUGUAACAAAAUGUGCCUUCAGAUGCCUGUAGUUCUUGUCAUUUUUACUAUUUCUUUGUCCAUGGCCAGCAUGAAAUGUGGCUUACUUAUGAAGAAUACUUUAUUUUAGUCUAAAUUUAUUUUGAUAAUGAUAAUGCAGCUAAUGAAAAUGUAUUUUGUAAGGUUGUCACAGUUUUCCCCAGUUUGAGCAAACAAAAUCAAGCAGCAAAUGAUUAUCCUUUGAGUGAUCUCUUUAAAUUAAAACAUUCCACCGCACAGUGAAAUUGCAGCUUUAUAGAGUGCUGCUGGGAUUACACAUUUUGCAGGUCAACAACUGGGACUUUGCACUUCAACAUGGAAGUUUUGUUGGCACACCACCAAGUUUUUUUUGACUAAAGGCCUGCGAACUGUUCCAACUCAAACUUUCAGGGAUUUUUUAUUUGACUGAUAGACGUGAUGGAAGCUUGUUUACAGCCUUUCUUUAUUGUGCAUUAUUUUUGUAUUUAGGUUUCAAAAAGUAGUUGGCGUUUUGUGAGAAUUGUUGUGAUGUUAAGAAUCAAGUUCUUUAUGCCUAUAAUAUAGAGGCCUAUAAAAUAUGUCAUGACUGCAGCACUCUAUUCAAAAAGGCUUGCAUUGAAAAUUCUAAAAAAAACACUUUUAGAUUACAUUUCUGUUACUCUUUCAUGUAAUAUGAGCAGAUCAUUCUGCUUAUUUCAUGAAUGAGUUAUAAUAAUAAAAUGUUUUCAUUUCAAAUUUUUCAAAAAGUGUUCUUUAAAUAAUUUUGAUAUCCUGAUAGAAGCACAAGCUGUAAAUUCAUAUUUUCUGAACAAACAAGAAUACAUUGAAAAGAUUAAUCAUAUUUUUUUUCUUUUAUACAUAAAACUGAAAUCACUAAAUCUGAAAAUUUUUUAGAAUUCUGUUUAAAUAAAUAUAAUUGAAAACAAGUUGUUACGUCAUGAAACAAAUGACACAUUGUUUACACAUUGUUUUUGGAUAAAACGUUUAAACAAUGGAUGGUUUGAUAGCCCAAGACAAUUUUUUUCUUUGGCCUUGGUCAAUUGCAACAGAAACCAAUUAAAUGUUUAUAAAGGAAAGUAAUUUUUAAAACCCUGAUGUAGUAGAGACUUCUAUAUGCUGGACCAAUCACUGUUUGAUCUGUCAGAUUUCUAACUGGCUCUUUGAUUGGAAGAUGGCAGUGAUGCACUUUGAGAAACAUCUUAUACAGCCGUGAGAAGAACUGCCUGCCUAGUAUAUUCAUAAUGCAAUUAUAUAUGUGAUUUAAGAGCCAGUUGGACAGAUGUGUAACCCAAAGUAAAAAGUAAAAACCAGAUCUCAGGGAAACAAGUUUAUUUUUACCCUACAAAAUGUCACAUAGAUAGGGGGUCAGACCACAAACAAACAAAACAAAAAAAAAAAUGUAUAUAUAUAUAUAUAUAUAUAUAUAUAUAUAUAUAUAUAUAUAUACACACAUAUAUAAAAGAUGAUACAAACAAUCUGACAAAUAUCAAUCACAAUAUAGUUAUACCAUUUCUUUUCAUAAUGUCGAGUAGACGUACAAAAUAUAGCAAAAUAACUAAGGCAAAUAAAUAGAUAAUUUUAGGGGGAGGAAAACCAUCAUUCCACAUUCUUCAAACUUCAGCUUUACCUUCCUUUUUUAAUGAUUGAUGGUGUAAAAAAUCUUUUGAGAACUAUACAUUUAUUAUGUGAGGCCCUUGUCAAAUCAACCAUUAGAAUGAUGCACUUGGCACAAAUAAAACCCGUCUAAAUCAUAGGUGGAGCAUUCCUACAGCAUUCAUCAAGUGCAAAAUAUAAUUUUAAAAAUAUAAAAGUGAGUGAUACAUUUAGACAGUUGGCAUGGUGCUUUCAGAUGAAGUCUUACAUAUUUAUCUUCCUGUGAUGUAGAUACAUUUUCUUUACCAUUCAUACUAUGGUUCAUAUCUAUCUAUAUAAUUCUAUAAAUCAAUUCACAAUAAGGAGCUGGAAAGGCCAGUUUUAUAAAAGAAUGGAUUAUUGUAUAAAUUUGGCUCUUCAGGUUUGUGAUGCAGGAAAAGUGUCCUACAAAAAAAGUGCAUUAAGCAACUAGCUGCAUAUUUUCCUUUCUGUUUUGGACAAUCAUCAGAUAUACAUAAAAAUACACAUAAUAACACUGAUGAUUUUAAUACUCUUGUGAAGCUUAAAAGGCAGAAUACCAAGAUUGUUCUGUGGAACAAUGUAACUUCUAGUGUCUGCAGUACCUCUCUUCUUAUGACAAAAAUGAGAAAUGAGAAAAAAGUGACAAUACCAACAGGACUACAAUUACUAUUUUUGGUAUUCAAAAAAAGAACAAACAGACAUAAAUAUACAACUUUCAAUCAUUGCAUAUAAAGUAUACAUAAACUGAUACAGGUGAGAAAGGAGAGAAUGACUGCACAUUGUUAUGGCACUUGUAAGCUUAAUGUUAAAACGUGUAUUUUGGAUUGUUAAUAAGUUUAAAAAUCUUACUGGCUCAAAGAAAUAUAAAUGUAUCAAAAGCUCUGCAGACAUCCUUGUUCGCUAAACAGAGCUGUACCCACAAAUAUGGACAAUUAGUACCAUGUUUAGUACCACAAGUGUCCAACAUUUAUUUUAUCUAUAAAAGAUUUAUACAGAACUCCCACUAUGACCCCAUAUUGACAGAUGAUACAGGAUGCCUCAGACUGCUGCAUAACCUGCAUGUGCAGUAAUAGUAAUAGGGUUUAGGGUAUGAUUUUUUUUUUGUCAGUUCAUAAUCUCCAUCUUACUGGAAUCUACAUUUGCCUUGAAAUGUCUGCAUUCUUUGCCUUCAUAUAUGUCUAUUUCCAUAUCAAAGGCCUCUCGUUUUCCCUGUCUCUAAAAACAUUUUCUCACACCAUGCCAACUACAAGGUCAAUGUAUGUACAUCUGCAACAUUUGCUUUUUAAAACAGAACUCUAUUUCCUUCCUAGAAAGCUACUUUAGGGCAUUUGGAUAAAGGGUGCAGCUGUACACGACAGAUGUGAAAGUUAUGAAAUAUAGCAAUCCAGUUAUUUAAUUUCUGCCAUUAAAUACACCUUAGGAUAUUUUUAUUAGA